GUUGGAAGCGUGGUACCGGUGGUAUGUACUUCGAUUUCUGUAAGUGAAAUUGGCAAUCCACCGACCAGAAGAAGAUUGUAUGUAUUUCUUAACGAGGUUUCGUGAUCUAACUUACAUUAUAAACAACUGUACGUGAACACUGUAUUUUGCUAGAAAGGUGUAUGUUCUUUUGAGAAUUAUACAAUGGUGAUGGAGGAAUCAGAUAUGGAAUUAGCUUCGGAAAGUAUACCGGUUCCUCAGGUACAGGAGCCAAUAGUCGACACAGUUAAACGCAACAACAAGCCGGGCGUUUCGCGUGGUAAACCAAGGCUGAGAAAGAAAGCGUUGCAUGCCUCGAUACUUAAGCAAAUGGAGUUUUAUUUUAGUGACGCUAACUUGAACAAGGAUCGUUAUUUGUCAGGACUUUUGAAAGAAAGUCCUUAUGUGGACCUUGAAGUAUUCACAAGAUUUAAUAAGCUGCGGGAGUUGACCACAGACACAAACAGAAUAGCUAAGGCUCUGCAGGGAUCGACUAUAUUGAAGGUAUCAGAGGAUGGUACAAAGGUCUGUCGAUUAACACCGAUUCAAAAGAAGGAAGAUAUUGAUCAGUGUACAAUUUAUGUACAAAAUUUACCUCCAGAUUCGGAUCACGACUGGUUGAUAUCUAUUUUUUCUAAAUACGGAUCAGUAGAAUAUGUCUCGAUUCCACGUUAUAGGAACAAUAAGAAGAUAAAAGGGUUUGCAUUUGUAGAAUUUGAUAAGCCUAGUAGUGCUCAAGAAUGUAUUAAGACAUUUCGGAAAAAGAGAUGUGUCUUGCCAUCAUAUAUAUCUCCCAAUGAGUUAUUAAGUAUAACGACAUUUGAUGAACCUAAUAAAGAUGCAGUAGUUGAAGUAAUAAAUUCAAAAACUAAAACAAGAUUGAAAGAUAAUGAAAACGAAAAGGCAUCCAAUGAAGUGGGAAAUAUUGGCCGUAAAGGACUCCGUUUGAAGAGACUGAUGACAGAAGAAGAAGAAACCGAGACUAAAGGUAACAUGUGUGAAAUGGAUAUAGGGGAUAAUACUAGUAAACAAAGUUCUAAAAAAAGAAAAUAUUCUUUAGAAAAAUCUGUUACAGAUGAAAGCGAUGUUAAAGUUAAGAAAAAGAAAAAGGAAGUUGCUGAUCAAAAUAUAAUAGAUCAAGAUGAAGGAAAGAAAGUACCAAAAUAUGAAUCUGAAGAUAAGAGUGAUACUCUUGAUAAUGAAACAGAUGCAGCAGAUAACAAUAGCAAACAAAAAUUUAAAAAAAGAAAAUAUUCUUCAGAAAAGUUUGUUGCAGAUGAAAGUCAAGAAAAAGACAUUAAAGUCAAGAAAAAGAAAAAAACCACAGAUCAAAACAUAGCAUACCAACAGAAUGAAAAAGAAAAGGUGCUAAAAGAAGAAUCUAAAGAUAAGGAUAAUACUUGUGAUAAUGAUGUACCAUAUAAUAAUGAUAGACAAAGUUCAAAGAAAGAAAAAUACGCCCUGGAAAAAUCGCUUGUUUCAGAUGAAAGUGAUGUUAAAGUAAAAAAAAGGAGAAAAACUAUAGAUCAAAGUACAAUAGAUCAACAAAAUGAAAAAGAAAAGGUGCUAAAAGAAGAAUCUGAAGAUAAGACUAAUGCCUAUGAUAAUGAAACAGAUAUAGCAGGUAAUAAUGGUCGACAAAAUCUAAAAAAGAGGAAACUUGCUCUAGAAAAAUCAUAUAUUAAAGAUGAAAGAGACAGCAAAGUCACUGGAAACAGUAUAGAAAAUCAAGAGAUUCCGAAUAAAAAUCGCAAUAAAAUCACAGAAAAAAAGAAGAGAAGACUUACAAUAAAUGAUACAAUCACUACGGAAGAUAACAAUGGAGAAGCAGUAAAAAAGGAAUGUCAAAAAUCAGCUAUAAAUUCAAAUAAAAAUGAAACAACAGAAUUGGAAUAUCCACAUGAAAACAAUGACAACAACAAAGGAAGUGCUUUAUUACAAACUGAAAAACAUUCCACUAGCGAUUUCGGCGCAAGAAAUAGCGAUAUCGAGGAAACUAGUGAUGAAAGGAAGAAGAAAAAGAAUAGGAAAAAGAGAAGUAAAAUUCAUGACAAUGAUAUUUAUAGUAAAAUAGGAUUGCAAAUAAUGGCAAAAUCAGAUUGGAAGCGUCUUAGAAAUAGAUAUUUAGAUUUGCAACGAUAUAAAAUGAAACAACUAAAAGUACAUUUGAGAAAAGCUGAGGUCGAACGAGACGGAAUUAUAAAAAAUGGAUACCAUGAUAAAACUGGACAGACUAAUACAUUGCAUGAUAAAUCAAAACAUGAAAACGAUAAUGGAAAACUUGAAGAAAAGUCUUGUGGACGCGUUAAUUAUGCGCCAGGAAUUAUAGUAAAAAUCGAAAUGGAUGAGCCUUGUACAGAUACGCAGAGUUUCAAAAUGAAGUUAAAAGACAACAAUUCUAUAAAAUAUGUAGAUGUAAUAGCUGAUUCUUGUGAAGUCUAUGUAAGAUGCGAUACAGCAGAAGCUGCACAAACAUUUGCACAGCAGAGUUACGAAGGAGGACAUUUAACUAUUUUAGAAGGCGAUGAAGAGAAAUUGUAUUGGGACAAGAUAGUGGAAGAUAGGAUGGAAAAGUUGAGUAAAAAGAAAAGAGUCAAGCAAAGGGGACGUGAUAAAUUGCUCAAACGAGCAGAGAAAGAACUUGGAAAAUGUAUAAAGUUUGAUCAAGAUUGACUUAUGGUAUUAUUCAACUUUUUAUAAUUAAGUUAAGCUUAAUCCGGCGUGAGUGAGGUCGAAUAUCUCAUACCCAGACAUUUUUAAAACAAAUAUUUUUGUUAUUGUGUUUAGGACAUCCAGCAGAAAGUAAUAUAAUAUAAUAACGAAUCAUUAUAUAGUACUAUCAUAAGCAAAAUCUUUAAAUAAAUAUAUGUGUAUAUAUGAUAUCCACCUCAUAGUCGGUGUAACAAUUAUCCACCUCAUUCACGCCGGGUUAAGUAUAUGUACAUACAUACGUCCCAAGCGCGCACAUUCUAAUCAGACACAUCCACUCAUAUCAGCCGGUGUAACUUUUCCAGUGUACCAUCAAUGAGAACAUAUUGUGUGCCUUCCAACAAGUGACACAAAUGACACGGUGGAUCAUUACAUCCUUGUUGUUUACCAAUGUCAAACAAAGAUGACAUUAUCACUGUGUCGCACUAUGUUGCUUGUUGGAAGGCAUUAUUUCGCUUUAGCCAGUUAACAAUAUGUUCGAUAGACGCUUGCUACAAUACAAGAACAAUUUGAAAACUUCGCGGUCUAAUUCAUAAGGGUGCUGACACACGGAUCACUUUGUGGCAUGAUAAAACAAGCGUUGAUUUGUUCACAUACACUUUAUGCUUGUGAAUCUAUAGGUUUGUCCGCGUUACUUACACUCUUUAUACUAAGCUUCUUCACU